AUGAGCGAAAGCAACCAAGGACAAGAUAGAAGCACGAAUUUAUCACCAAAUAACAUCGGAAAUGGUGGUGAUUCAAAUGGUAACGGUUUGCCGCCGAACACAAAUGCGGCCUCCACUCCACUAAAUAAUGGAACCGAACAAACGAGAAAUAUAACCGUCUCCAUUCAGUAUUCAUAUUUUACUCCAGAAAGAUUAGCACAAUUGAGCAAUACGUCUAACAAUGAAAAUAGUGGAAGCAGUACCACAACUUCUUCAAACACAAUUUCUAAUGGUGCGGGGCCCAGCUUUGGCAUUGGGAACGGUGGUCACCAACCCGACGGUGCUCUUGUUCUCUCUUUUCGAGACGUUCCUGCAUCUACUCCACAAGACCGUUUGAACAGCUUUAUAUCUGUUGCCGCUCAACUUGCAAUGGAAAGAUUCAAUAGACUUUUAAAUAGACCAAAAGGUAUAACAAAAGAAGAAUUUGAUAAGUUGCCUGUUUUGAAGGUAGCUGAUCUGCCGGAAACGGAAGGGCCUGCGUGUAGUAUAUGUUAUGAAGAAUAUGAGGAAGAAGACAAAAUCUCCAAAACCAAAAGAAAAAGGGAAUCUAAAGAUAAUGAGGAGGAAUCUGGAAACAUUAAAAAACAGAAAGAUAACCAAGGUGGUUCUUUUGUAGGUAGAACCGGUACUGCUGACGAAAGUACAGCUAUUUCGGAUAACGGUUCAAACUCAAAUGCAGCAACAAUCAACUCCUCUUCAACUCCGCUUGAACCUAACCAGCCUCACACAGCCAAUGAUGAGGAAACAAACCCAAGCUAUAAACAUUCGCCAAUUAGGUUAUCUUGUGGGCAUGUUUUUGGAAGAGAGUGUCUUUACAAGUGGUCGAGGUUAGAAAACUCUUGUCCUCUUUGUAGACAUAAGAUCAGCGAGUCUGCAGGGGUUCCGGUCCAACAGGACACAGAUGAAGUGGCGGCUAAUGAGGCCGCCUUCGAAAGAAUUAGACGUGUUCUAUACGACCCUGCUGCAGAGAGUAACAAUGAUGGAACCAAUACCGAAACCACAAACCCAACAGUAAAUCCGUCCAAUACAACUGCACCCACUAUUGGAAACGCAAAUUCUGGUGAACAGAUUUUAUCAAGGACAGGUUUUUUCUUAAUGCCACAAAACGGCCAAACUCUACAUAAUCCAGUUCAUGUGCCAUCUAAUAAUAGUGAUAGAAACAUAUCCAACGGGACAAACUCGGCAGCUCCAAAUUUACCUUCUAAUGCUACCGCUCUUAAUAACAACCAAAAUCCACGUUGGGUUCCGAUUCCUCUCACCCUAUUUCAAUUCCACAGCCCAAACCCCAGUGACCACCCAACAGACUCUACAACGACCAGUUCCGCGGACGCAAACGAUACAGGCGCUGAUGCCACCAGUUCUCAGCAUAAUAGACUAAGAGCCGUUUUGGAUCACAUAUUUAAUGUAGCCCAAGGAGGAUCAUCAGACUCUUCAGAUACAGCCGCUUCCACCACUCAAACGAGCCAAAAUCAGGGAACCAACGGCACAACAUCUUCUGAUGCGCCUCACGGAAGUUCUUUCUUGGAAAACAUCUCACGCUUAACUGGGCAUUUCAGAAAUAGCUCAAGCGACAAUCAUAGUAGCACUAACAACAGAAGUGGCCAAGAAGAACAUGCCGCUACUUCCAGCGACGAUAGAAGUAACCUGUUUUCCUCUGGUGUUGCAAGUUAUAGGAAUCAGAAUGGUGAUGUUACUACCGUUGAACUGAACGAUAGUAGUGCUUCUACAAACGGAAAUCCAUCUCAAGACCAAGAAUCAAAUAGUUCAAAUACAACUACCCAAAACAACGCCCCUAAUGAUAACAAUGAGCAACGUUCAACUUAA